CUGGGGUCAGGAAAGAAUCGCGCACAAAACAAACAUGGCUUCUGUCGAGGACCUUAAGGACGCUCUGCGCGAGAACUUGGACCGCAGCGGCAAGCUGCGCCAGCUGAAGGCCCAGCUCAGGGCGGACGUAUAUAACGCUCUGCACAACGCAAACGAGGCGGACCAAAAGGCAUUGCCUCAAGUCUCAAACGAGAACCUGCUUAUAAAUGAGCUCAUACGAGAAUACCUGGUGUACAAUGCCUACCGCGGCACCGUGUCUGUGUUCCUACCAGAGUCUGGGCAACCGGCCGUGCGCCCCUUCGAUCGCGCCUUCCUGGCCUCACACCUCAACGUGCCUGAGGGGCCCAACUCCGCCCAGCUGCCGCUUCUGUACUCGCUGGUCGAGCUGGCGGCGAAGGGGCGAACACAGCCACCCCAGGCAAAGACGCACCAGUGAGGGCGUGCUUCAAGCGCGUGCAGAUUGCUUCAAUCAUGUAGCUGCUAGGUGUUACUGUGUGCGCAAGUGACUCGGACUGUGAACGGGGCCCAUGUGCAAAAGCAGGAUGAACGCAAGGGCGCGAGUGUUCCGGUGCAGCGCCCCUUCACAGCUGCACCGUACGAAAGCGGUGUGUACACAUAUGUGUACAGUGCAAUACGAGCGCGUGAGAGGGCACUUGGAGGCUUGCAGAGCAGGAGCACAGACAAGCAUGUAUGGGUGGUGUGGUGGUCAGGACUCAGGAGCACACAGCGGCCAGACGGAACAAAUGCGGGGGUUGCAAAACACCGUCCGUACCUCAGCUAGACUGGGGUGGCAUCGGCACAAUAUUGGAUUGACCUAGUAUGCAUGCACACACUGAGGUUUUAAGGAGAACUAUCAACGUGUGCCAGGAUGCCCAGGAAGGGCAGGGAGAGGGCCGAUCGCGUGGUCCCACCAACUGACUGGGGGAUUUAACUGGUGGAGCCGCGCUGGACGCAGGGGUGUGGAGUCACACAUCCAUGCAGUGGCUCAAUGGCUCUGCAACGAUAUUGACGUGUGGAUUAUUAUAUAAAAGCACGGUAGGUACGGCCAGCGGAGGCAUUCACGGUUCCCAGGCGCAGAAGUACCGAAGUGCACAGUUAGGGUCUGGGCUAAGCAGCUGGCCGCCGGCGACCUCUUCAUGUGCCCUGUCGUGUGCAAAGCCUCUGAGACUGGAAGGCACGUCUGGCAAGUGUAACCGCUGUAACAUUGUUGUCAUUUG